GAGCUCUCAGCCUGUCUCCUCAGUUGUGGAGCAGCUAAGUGAGAGUAGAGCUGCAGCUGGGAGAACGAAGCCCCACCAGCCCUGCCUCUUGGACAAGAAAGAGCCAAGCAAAGGGGACUCAUCAGCAUCACCAUCCAACCCCCUCAUCCUCUUGAAGCAGGGACUUGACACACCCCAACACCCAUUAGUCUGCAAAGCAAGAGACAAGAGAGAGAGAAAAAAAAGAAGCAAUGUCAAGAGCAGACAGGCACAUGGAGGAGUGCCCCAGGCACCCAGCCUUCCUGCAGGGCUGCACGCAAGAAGUUGAAAGGAGCAGUGGCAGUCCCAAGGUGCAGAGGAUGUGUGCCUUUAGGCGGAGACUGCUGCUUGCACUCACCUUCCUGGCAUACACUUUGGACUCUGUGUCGGCCUAUGGCACCGCUGAAACCCUCUGUGGUGGGGAACUAGUGGAUACACUGCAGUUUGUCUGUGGGGACAGGGGCUUCUACUUCAGUAGGCCCGUGGGACGAAAUAACAGAAGGUUCAACCGUGGCAUUGUGGAGGAGUGCUGUUUUCGGAGCUGUGACCUCGCUCUUCUGGAAACAUACUGUGCUAAGUCUGUUAAGUCUGAACGAGACCUGUCUUCCACAUCUCUGACAAGCUUACCAACGCUAAAUAAGGAUAGCUUUCAAAAGCCUCCACAUGCUAAGUACUCCAAAUACGAUGUGUGGCAGAAAAAAAGCACACAGCGCCUACAACAGGAGGUCCCCAGCAUCCUCCGUGCUCGCAGGUUCCGGUGGCAAGCUGAAGGGCUCCAAGCAUCUGAUGAAACCAAGGUACAUCGUCCUCUCAUCUCUCUGCCCAGCCAGAAGCCUCCGAUUGUGCGAGCUUCCUCAGAAACAACAGGAAACCAGAAAUGAACUGUGAAAUUGGAUUCAAUUUUUUUUUUUUUGCUCUCCUUGGGAGGGACUUUUAAGGCCUAGGCCCCCAAACCCUCCGCCCCCCACAAAGCAAAGGAGGGAAGCAUUGUCCUUCUCACCAAGGAGCAAUAAAAAGGGGGCACCUUAAUGCUAACCUAAAGAGAACCAAACAACUGACAUAGUAAGAACAGGAUUACAGCGCUGUCAGCAGCAACAUAAUUUCUGUGGCAUUGUCCUUUAAACAUUAAGGGGUUUUAUUUUCCCAUAUGUACCCAGUAUUUUUCAAGCCUGUACUUAAAGGGACAGUUUGGCACUUGAACUUUUUCCUAUUGGGCACUACAUGACAUCACAGGUGCCAACAACAGAAGACAAAAGAAAGAGAGAGAGAGAGAGAGAGAGAGAGAGAGAGAGA